AUGGAUGAGACUUCAAAGGGAAGGCCUGGCUACGCAGAGGCCAUUGAUUUUUUUCAGCCACACACAUUCCUGGCUGGCAACAUUAUCCACGAACAGCAGGGCUAUCGGGAAGUUGACACUGACAGAGGCCACACACCAGAUCCCUCAGUCCACAGGCAGAUUAAGACCUACAGUGACAAUCAGCAACUGGCAUCUGGGAACAGAGUAUUUUACUCCUCCCUCAGAAUAGGUGGAGACCAGAAAUUGGACGUUUAUGCAGAAAGGCAGGAUUUCAUCCAGCACUUAUCCCAGAUUGUCGAGGUGCUGACUGAGGAGGACACUGGGCACCCAGAGACAGGAGAUGCUAUUGCCCGACUCAAGGAGGUCCUGGAGUACUGUGCCAUCCGAGGCAAGUACCUUCGGGGUUUGACGGUGCUGGUAGCAUUCUGGGAGCUGUCGGAGCCCAGGAAGCAAGAUGCUGACAGUCUCCGGUGGGCCAUGACUGAGGGCUGGUGCGUGGAACUACUCCAAGCCUUCCUCUUGGUGUCAGACAACCUCAUGGAUGCAUUCUUCACCCGAGGGGGGCAGAUCUGCUGGUAUCAGAAGCCAGGCAUAGGUUUGGCUGCCAUUCACGACGCUUUCCUCUUGGAAGCAUGUAUCUACCGCCUGCGGAAGCUCUGCUGCUGGGAGCAGCCCUAUUACCUGAACCUGAUCGAGCUCUUCCUACAGAGUCCUUAUCAGACUGAGAUCGGACAGACCCUGGACCUCAUCACAGCCCCCCAGGACAGUGUGGAUCUUGGCAGAUUCACUGAAAAGAGGUACAGAUCUAUUGUCAAAUACAAGACAGCUUUCUCCUCCUUCUGUCUUCCUAUAGCUGCUGCCAUGUAUGUGGUGGGCAUUGACGGGAAGGAGGAGCAUAUUGAUGCCAAGAAGAUCCUGCUGGAGAUGGGAGAGUUCUUUCGGGUUUAGGAUGAUAACCUCGAUCUCUUUGGGGACCCCAGUGUGAUGGGCAAGAUCGGCACUGACAUCCAAGACAACAAGUGCAGCUGGCUGGUGGUUCAGUGUUUGCCACGGGCCUCUCCAGACCAGUGCCAGAUCCUGCAGGAGAACUUUGGGGCCAAGAAGGUGGCCCGGGUGAAGGCGCCAGACGAGGAGAUGAAUCUGCUGGCUGUGUUUACACAGCACAAGGAGGACCGUUACAGCUGCCUUAUGGGUCUCAUGGAGCAGUAUGCUGUGCCCCUGUCCCCAGCCACCAUCCUGGGGCCAGCACACGAGAUCUACAAGCAGAAAAAGUCACCUAGAGACUCGGGGGGGGAGGGGCGGCUCUCCAAAAAUUAUUGUCUAACCUGUGAAAGAAAAGGAAGACCUACAGUGAUACAGCUUCUAUUGAUGUGUGUUUCUCUGUAGGAGAAUGUGUAACAGUCUUAAAAGACAGCCAAGAUUUCUGUUAAGACUGAUAGGCAUGGAGUGGGUAUUCUCUUGGUAAUUUCAAAGUAAAGCUUUUUUACGUGGGAAAUAGAGUAGUCUAACUCAAA